GAAACGGCUAUAAACUUCGAGUAAAACAAAGGCGUUUUUCAGCUUAACGGGAAAAGUUUUGUGAAAUGGCUGCUGAGAUAAAACCCGCACAACGUAGCUGCGACGAUCGUUUCAACUCUGUAAGAAAACUGGAGUUGUUAAAUAAAUUGGAGGGUAGUGGUGAUGAUAUUAAUGCUGCAAUUUUUAUUCCUGGAGAGAACGGUGUUAUAAGUGUUUCUGAUGACAAAACCAUACGCGUGUGGCUGAAGCGUGACUCAGGUCAAUAUUGGCCUAGCAUUUGUCAAUUUAUGCCUUCCGGAUGUACUUCUGUUCAUUAUAAUGCAAGUGACAGGCAGUUGUAUGUUGGUCAGGACAAUGGGACAGUAACGCAAUAUGUAUUUUCGGAUGACUGCAACCGUCUUUCCUUUGUCCGGGACUAUUUAGCACAUCAAGGGCGAGUAAUGGAAAUAGUAGUUGCCAAUACGCUCAAAUGGGUGCUUUCAUGUGGAAAGGACAAAUUAUUCGUAUUUUACUCGACGGAAAGUGGGAACCGAUUGGGUAGUUAUAGUUUUGAGACGCCCUGUACCUCUCUUCAAUUUGAUAGCAUGGCCAAAUAUGCCUUUGUUGGCGACAAUGCUGGACUUAUUACAAUGCUAAGGUGUGAUACGCAAGGUGUUCAGUUCAUAAACACAUUCAAAGGACAUACCACAAGCAUUAGAUGCUUAAAAUGGGUUGAAGAACACCAGUUGCUUUUUAGUGGAUCUUGUGAUCAAACUGUUUAUGUUUGGGAUGUUGGUGGAAAACGUGGCACGAUUUAUGAAUUACAAGGACACAAUAAUAAGGUGUCUUCACUAGCUUAUGCCAGUCUCACCCAACAACUUAUGAGUGGUGGCGAAGACUCUGUUAUUGUGUUGUGGGAAAUGAAUGCUAUGCGAAAAGAAGUCCCGCAAUGGGUGGAAAAUAAUAGUUGUCAGCUAUGUCAGCGACCAUUCUUUUGGAAUUUUCGUGCGAUGGUGGACCAGAGACAAAUUGGAAUAAGACAACAUCACUGCAGGCAUUGUGGAAAGGCUGUUUGCGAUAGCUGCUCUGCUAGCCGUAUCAACAUUCCAAUAAUGGGAUUUGAAUUCGAUGUGCGUUGUUGUGAUCCCUGUUACAAGCAACUGCAAAGUGUUGAUCGACCUUCAUUGGCUUCUUUUCAUGAUGCAAAACAUUCCAUUGUCAACAUGGACCUCGAUGAGAAUCGAAAAUUGCUAUUGACUGUUGGACAAGAUCGUGUUAUAAAAAUUUGGGAUUUAUCUUCAAUUUGGGCAUAAUAAUAAAUACCUUGACAUAUAUGUUCAGAAUUUAAUUCGAAAUUCUUUAAUCAGAUUUUUAUUUUAAUGUAAUUAAAUGAAAUACUAUAUUUAUUGAUAAAUCUAACUAAUAUUAGACAGCGCCAUAGGACUCAGAAUGGUCACUAAAAGUUACUUCAAGUACUUUUUGGGCUAGAAAAGCAUAACAAAGUUCGAAAUAAAUGAAAUGUUGCAUGAAAAAAGCAUGUAUGUUAUAGUUUUUAUAUUAUCUUUAUAAUAUUUAGCCCAACAUUAGAGAAACAUCAUAAAUAAAUUAAGCUAAAAAUAAGAAAACGCUGUAGAGCGCAAAUCUUGUGCAAUAUAAAGUAUAAUUAGAAAGACAUCCUCAAUAUAUGCCUUGAAUAUUGCUUCGAAAAUUAAAUAAGAUUAUAAAAAUCCGGCGGAUGUGGUUCUGGCUAAAUUUAUUUAUUAAUCGUAGAUGUAAACAAAAUUAAGUAUUCGUUUUCUUUAAAUCCAUUUGUCGAAACAAUGUAAUAUAAAAAGCUAAGCAAAAUAAGUGAGGCCAGUAGGUAAACAAUA